UAUGCUUCAAGAAUCAAAACCCACCACAGGCAACGAAACCGUACAAAAUAGAAACACUGAACAAAAUUUUACCUUACGGAGAAAUUACAGACACAACCAAACCAACCCAAUAUCCGCAGAGCUCACAGCUCUUCGCAGCACUCAAAGACUUCAGCUUUUCUCUGAAGCAGAAGAAGACGACUUUGCUGCUGCUAAUUGCUAACUGAGCUUCUUUAGCCUUUGAAUUGAAAUUAAUAGUGUAAGUGGAUAAUCCAACAAGGCAGUAUGGUGGGAUUUCCUUUUCCCCUUGGUUUAAUAUCCUCCCUCACAGGCUAUGCCAGCCUUAGCGAAGAAUUUCAUUGGCUGGCAUCUGCCUCUAUUGGCAUCAUUCUCUGCAAUAUUGUUUACAGAUUAACACGUCUUAUCAGCCUUCUUAGCUUCGAGGGAUAUCACAAACUGAGCAAAGCACAAAGAGUUGAAUGGAACAACCGGGGGUUCUCAACUGUUCAUGCUAUUGCUGUAGCAUUUUCAUCUUUUUACCUCUUACUGUUGUCCAAUACUUUUCAUGAGGAUCAUCGUGAUGAGCUAAUCAUUAGUAGAAGAUCUACUUUGUCAGAUACAACAUUAGGGAUCUCCAUUGGAUAUUUUCUGGCAGACUUGGGAAUGAUAUUUUGGCAUUUUCCUGCUUUAGGUGGACUGGAGUAUGUUUUGCACCAUGCACUAUCUAUGUUCUCAAUCUUUCUCUCCCUUGUAAGUGGAAAAGGGCAGAUUUACAUACUAAUGGUUCUGUUCUCUGAGAGCACAACUCCUUUCGUGAACUUGAGAUGGUACUUGGAUGUUGCUGGUAAGAAGAACUCUAAUCUGUAUGUCAUCAAUGGUGUAGCAUUGUUCCUGGGGUGGCUGGUUGCAAGGAUUCUUUUGUUCAUUUACUUUUUCAUCCACAUGUUUAUCCAUUUUGAUCAAGUCAAGACGGUUUUCCCUUUGGGCUUUUACAGCUUGCUCCUGGUGCCUCCUGUGUUAGCAGUAAUGAAUCUCGUUUGGUUUUAUAAGAUUGUUAAAGGUUUAAUUAAAACUGUUUCGAAGGCCACUCACAGUCAGUGAUCCUACUCUCUCUUGAAGAUGGGAACUUGACUUACCCAAAUGUACAUUAUAGUCCCUAGUGUCUUUUUCCCAUUAUGUUUCUUGAUUGAAUUUGAUAGAUGAAUAGAAAAACUAAUACAUGUGGAUAAAUAUGAUUAUCUUUUCAGGGGUUUCAUUUGUGUGAUAUUUGAUUUUGUACAUACACUUCUAUCACAACAUUCAUUGGAUUUGCAAGAUUGGUUUUCACAUUUUCAAUGAAACAUGACCCUGACAUGAUGUCAAAGAACAAAAGGGGAUGCAUGGAUAUGGAUGUUUAAGAGAAUUGAUAAA